CCUUUACAAGACGUCACCAUGGCGGAGCAAGUGAAAUAUGUGUUGGAAGAAAAUGAAAUGCCUAAGGCUUGGUACAACAUUCAAGCUGAUCUCCCCAAGCCACUUCCCCCAGUGUUGCAUCCCGGGACCCACAAGCCUGUUGGCCCCGAUGAUCUUGCUCCUCUCUUCCCUCCAGAUCUGAUCAUGCAGGAGGUAACUCAAGAGAGAUACAUUGAGAUUCCUCCGGAGGUCCAGCAAGUGUAUAAAAUUUGGCGUCCCAGCCCGCUCUACAGAGCAAGAGCCUUGGAGAAGGCGCUUGGCACUCCUGCAAAGAUUUACUACAAAUAUGAAGGAGUUUCUCCGACAGGAAGCCACAAGCCAAACACAGCUGUUCCUCAGGCGUACUACAACAAGAAGGCCGGAACGAAGAAGCUCUCCACUGAGACUGGAGCUGGACAGUGGGGAAGUUCGCUGGCAUUCGCAGGCUCUUGCUUCGGCCUUGAAGUCGAAGUCUUCCAAGUGAAGGUGUCCUAUGAGACAAAGCCCUACAGGAGCAUCUUCAUGAAGACGUUUGGGGCCCAGUGCUACCCGUCUCCGAGUGAUCGCACAGAGGUGGGGAAAAAGAUUUUGGAGAAAGACCCGGCGUGUACUGGCUCUCUUGGCAUCGCAAUUUCAGAAGCUGUCGAAUCGUGCAUGAAGAGCGAAGUUCCGACAAAGUACGCUCUUGGUUCCGUGCUCAACCAUGUUUUGAUGCAUCAGACCAUUAUUGGACAAGAAGCAAUUUCUCAACUGGAGAAGGCUGGAGACUAUCCUGAUGUGUUGGUGGGCUGCACAGGAGGAGGCUCGAACUUUGCUGGCAUGUGCUUCCCGUUCAUCGGGCAGAAGUUCCGAGGCGAAGCCAAGAAGUCUUUUAGGGUCGUUGCUGUGGAACCGGCUGCAUGCCCCUCCUUGACCAAAGGGAAGUAUACCUACGACUUUGGAGAUACAGGCCACAUGACGCCAUUGAUCAAAUGCCAUACCCUCGGCCAUCCAUUCAUCCCCCCCCCUGAUCACGCGGGCGGCCUCCGUUAUCACGCUAUGGCACCCCUUAUCAGCCAUCUCAAGGAGCUUGGAGAGCUUGAGGCUGUUGCCUACCGUCAGACGGAGUGCUUCGAGGCCGGCAUUCUCUUCGCCAAGCAUGAGGGCAUUCUUCCAGCUCCCGAAGCCAACCACGCGGUGAAAGGAGCGAUCGAGGAGGCGCUGCGGUGCAAGAGGGAGGGCAAGUCAGAAGUCAUCCUCUUCAACCUCUGUGGUCACGGGAACUUUGACAUGGCGGCAUACGACAAGUUCAAUCAGGGAGCCAUGAAGGACUCGGACUUCAACGAGGAAGACAUGGCGCUCGCGCUCGCCGCCACCCCCAAAAUUGCCGAGUAAGAUUGCAGGUUUCUUCACAUCGAAGCUCCAUGAGUUUAUCACCAUCUUACUACCAAACAAGUUUUUGCGGAAGAUCG